AACCCUAGCCUGAUUCAAAGAAGCGGUCACUCUGGGCUUGACACAUCCCAACCCUAAAAUUAAAAAAAAAAAAUCUCAUUUUUUCCAAGUGGGUCUGCUCUGCACAAGACAAUUUCUUCCUAACAAUGGAAGUAAUGAAAACGUUCAGCAGUGAUUUAGGGUUUUUGCAGAAGAACAUGGGUUCAUCUCUCCAUGAAGCUGUGGGGUUUGAACCCAUUUUGGAUGCUCAGAGGUCUCUUGCCUGUCUUCUCAUGAUGACACAAUAUGUGCUGAAGGAUGCAGAUGUGUUACCAACGCCAACUGGAAACGAUCAAAGUUUUCCUUUUGCUGAGCUUCACAGGAGGGACAAGACCGAACCUGAAGCGAAAGAUGGCAGUGACACAGAGGACGACGAUGAAGAUGACGAGGAUGCAGAGGAGCCAGAAGAUGACGCUGGAGAUGAGGAUUUCUCAGGUGAAGAAGGAGGGGAUGACGAUGACGAUGAGGAAGGCGACCCUGACGAUGAUCCAGAGGCGAAUGGUAAUCAAGGCAGUGAUGAUGAUGAUGAUGACGGAGAUGACGAGGAUGAACAGGAGAAUGAGAAUGAGGAUGAUGAUGGUGACGACGACGAUGAUGAAGAAGAGGAGGAAGAUGACGAUGAAGAGGAACAGCCACCCGCUAAGAAGAGAAAGUAAAGUGAACGUAGUCUAGUGUUAGAUCGUUCGAUCAGAGAUAUUGGUCAAUGUUUCAUUAUCUAUCAUCAUGUAUGUUGUAGGGAUGUGAACUCGUUUUGACUUAGACUUUGACUUUUACUUGUGUCUUUUGUGGACCAUCAAAUCUUAAAAAAAAUGGUAUGGAUAUGGGAUGACUAAUUUGUAUUCUUUCUUAUGUUCAA